AUGUCCGACUCUGAUCUCCCCGAGGAUGGUGGUGGUGCCGACCUGUUUGGCGAGGUGGACAACGAAGCUCAAUCAGAGCCCGACCGCGUACUGAGCGAUAGAGAGCUGUCAUUGAACCAAGAUGACGGCCAACAGUACGCGCGUGAUGACGACGAGGCCAUGGAGGAUCAGCAGGUCAAGGAGAAGACUAUCAUGGAUGUCGCGAUGUACCGACACAAAAUACCCAGGGCCAAGGAUGGAAUGCUGCAAUCUCUCAAAGUCCCUCCCUUCCUGAAGUGGAUGGCUGAGGAGUACAAACCCGACACAUUUGAGCCUACCGAAUGGGACAGAGAGAACCUCCGGUCCGAGAAUCCCAAGGCGACGGUGCGAUAUCAGAAGGACCCCGAGACGGACGAGUUGAAGAGCAAUACGCUGGUUUACAAAUGGAGUGACGGGUCGAUGAGCAUCUCUGUGGGCGGAGACCAUUACGAGAUACAGAAGAGGAGCAUGGCGCCACCUCCCCACAAGCCCUACCAAGAACGAGACGAUGCACACUACUACGCGGCCGCCGCGCAUCUGACCAGCGAUCUGCUCUUAACGGUUGGCCAUAUCUCAGAGCAGUACACGGUGAACUUGAACCGCAACCUGCAAGACGAGGCACGGAUCAAGUUUGCAAACGACAUGGCCGCAGCUGCCCGUGGCAAGAGACCGAAUGAAGGGGACAUGAUCAUUACGGCUACACGCGAUCCCGAACUACAGAAGAAAGAAGCCGAGUUGGCCGAAAAGGAGCGUGCGAAGGCCCAACGACGACGGGAGAAUGCUUCAGCUCGUCUCGAUUCCUCCCGUGCGGGUAAUUACCGAAGUGGUGGUCUUUCGAUUGGCGACUUGGAGGGUGGGCGAAGAGGUCCCGGUGGUGCGCGAAAGCGGGGUGCACCUGGCGCAUCGAGAGCGAAGCGUCGGCGGCCAGAGUAUGAUUCUGACGAUGACCUUCCCGAAGGCCGAGGUCGCCAGGACGAGUACGAUCACGAGGACGACUUCAUUGCACCUAGCGAUGAAGACCAGAUGAGCGGUGUUGACGAUGACGACGAGGAGGAUAUCUUGGACGACGAUGAGGAAGAGGAAGAGGCACCUCGGAGGAAGCGACAGAAGACUGUUGAAGCCGAUGAUGACGCCGAUGCCGAUGCUGAUGCCGAUCUGGAUGAUUUAGAUGCGGCUGCUCCUGCCGAGUCUUCCCGAUCAAGAAGACGCAACAUCGUCGCUGAUGAAGAUGACGACGAUGAUGAAUAG